AACAAAACCGGUGAAUUUUUAAUAAUAUUCCAUGUGAUUCACUUAAUUUUUCAAACUGCAUUCGCCAUGAUUUUUAAAAAUAAUCAAAAUUAUUUUAUAAAGGAACCGCGGUUCGUGGUUUGGAAUCUCCCUAGAUUUAGGGAGCUGGGGAGCUGCGCGAGUCAAGUAUCCUCGCUCGUGAACUGAUGUAUAAUUAAUCGAACCGGUAACAAACGCCUUCGAGUGAGAAAUAUAAAUGACAGAGAAUACGCGUUGGGGAAGGAAAGUGCGAUGAAAUUGGAGAAAAUGUGAAAUUAACGAAAGAAGGGUUCAGAUUCGCUCGGCGGCGGGGAGGAUCGAAAUAACGAGGAAAGGAAAGAGAGAAGACUCGUGAUUUUGGAUCGCUUGAUCGGCCGAACAAAGUGGUAGACGCCGAGGGUCUCAUGAGAAAGAGACGAGCUCUGAAUGCGUGCUGCGUCAUCAUAGAAUGGACACACAAGGAGGAAUGUCCCGCAACACUGGGCCUGGUUUAUACGAGUUCCUUAUGGAAGCAGAGCUUCAACAAUAUUAUCCUGGAAUUCGAGGGGACUUGAAAGUACAGACAACCGCUCAAUUGAAAUAUGUAACAGAAGAAGAUUUGAACGCGAUUGGAAUGAGCAAACCAGAGAUGCGUCGUUUAAAGAAGUAUUUUCAAAAGCAUUUCCCCCAAAAUUACCUCUCCAAAUUCAAAAAGAUGCUGUUACCAAAACGGGAGGAGCCAACGAUGGGUGGUUUGACCAUGUUACCCGAAGAAAGGCAAGACAGACCACCGAUUCGUGUUCCUAAUAAACAUAUGAUACCAGCCGAUGCUAUAAUUGUGAACAAAGAACUGGGAACAGGAGAGUUCGGAGUUGUACAACAGGGUGUUUGGACGAACGACGGGGAGAGGAUACAAGUAGCCAUUAAGUGUUUGUCGCGAGAAAGAAUGCAGAACAAUCCCAUUGAAUUUUUGAAGGAGGCAGCCAUAAUGCACGCGAUAGACCACGAGCACAUUGUAAGAUUGUACGGUGUGGUUUUGGAUACAAAUUCCCUGAUGCUCGUCACAGAAUUGGCACCACUGAGAUCGUUACUGGAAUGCUUAAAGGAGCCCAGCUUGCGUGCCAGCUUUCCAGUUCUUUCAUUAUGCGACUUUGCUGUGCAAAUAGCAGACGGUAUGCAGUAUUUGGAAGUGAAGAGACUGAUACACCGUGAUCUUGCUGCCAGAAAUAUUUUGGUCUUCUCCAAGAACAAAGUGAAGAUAUCGGAUUUCGGAUUGUCCCGUGCUUUGGGUGUGGGUAAAGAUUACUAUCAAACGAAUUUCAAUGUGAAUUUGAAGCUACCCAUAGCCUGGUGCGCUCCAGAAUGCAUAUCUUACUUGAAGUUCACCUCAGCAAGUGACGUAUGGGCUUACGGAGUGACUUUAUGGGAAAUGUUCAGCUAUGGUUUUCAACCAUGGGCAGCACUGACCGGUCAUCAAAUCUUGGAGGCGAUAGACGAACCAAAUUUUCAAAGAUUGGAGCAGCCAGAGUGUUGCCCAAAAGAUUAUUUCGCCCUCAUGCAACAGUGCUGGCAGCACGAACCAUCGAAGCGACCGAAAUUCUCUGAAUUAAUUAAUCUUCUGCCUGAUUUGAAACCGGAACAGGUUCAAGCUGUUCAGGACAGCACUGAGACCGGCCAGCUUGUCUACAGGCAAGGCGAUGUUAUCACCGUUCUGGAUAAAGGAAGCAGUAAUACUUUAUGGAAAGGUGUAUUAAAUAACGGGAAAACUGGCUUCUUUAAUCCUGCUCACACGAUAGCUUAUCUGGGAUCUAAUCUGCCAAGCAAUAAACCUGGAGAAUUUACACGCGGGGACGGUAAAAAUGCCUUCUCCUCCCAGAGACGAAAGAUUCGUACGGACAUGAUUUCUUCACCGCAAGGUGACUUGAAGCACACCGGGCAUGUCGGAUUGGACGGAGCUUAUUUCGGUGAUAUCGGUUUCCUUGGCGGAAAGUAUCCGCAUUUACCGCGACAGGUGGUCACUCCGUACAAGCCGCAAGAGGAUGUAACAGACAAUUCUAGUCAAGCUUUAAACCAAGAUGCAAGAAGCACAGAGAUGAACAGGGAAUUAUUAAGGGACAAUAGAAAUGCUCAGCAAGAUAAGCAUGAAAAUUUGUGGUCAGAUGCAAGUUCUGAAGUAUGCCACAUGGCUAAUUCGAGUAAACAAUCUGUUUCGUUAAAUGUAGCUGGCAACAAUGAUUCUCUUGGAGCGGAUCACGAAUAUCACGAGAUCAGCGAUGAAGAAAAUCAGGAUAGUCCUUUAAGAUUUGACAAAACGUUGAAUUUCGAUUUUGGUCCAAGUUUGUUGGCUGAAAUGGAUCAAAUGUUCAGAUCACUAGGCUCUUCACCUCCUCCGCCACCUCCUGUUCAUCCUUUGUCCACUGAACAUGAAUCGAGUAAUGUCAGGAAUGAACUGAGGGAGAUCCAAGCGAAGCAGAGCAAUAAGAAGAAACAAGCCACCGUGAGUCCAAUAAAUGUGAAGCCUAUCUCAGCCGCCGAUCAGAAAACUCUCUACUCAGCCAUUGCUAUGGCACAGGAAUUGACAGCACGUUCCAUGACAGAUCUUGAACAUCCACCGGAGUCUCCCCGAACACCCGCCAGUCCUUCAAGACGCAGAAAGUUCUCUUUUAAGUUGCCACAUCAACACAGUCCCAAACCAGACAGACGACACUUUUCAGAGGAAGCUGCCAGUAUACCUGACAUACAGGCUACGUUGUCCGACGAGGCCAAGGAAGUGUACAACAGUCUAGUGGAGACGCCCAGCAUAGAGGCUGCUCCAGAUACGAAUCCUUUGCGCAUGCUCCGCUCGGGCGUCCCUAUAGUGAGGCCAAGAAUCCGCGGGAACAAGCACGCGACUCUGGGCCACACGGUGUCCCAUCAGGAGGAUCUGUCCAGCGAGACGUUCCACUUCGACGCGUACAACAGUGGCUCGAAGACGUUGCCCAAGAUCAGGGCGCCGCCGCCGCCCCACGCACCGCCCCCUCUUCCCCAGACGCGACACCUGGAGAGGCAUCAUUCCGCCCAGGAGAUCGAGAACAAUCAGAAUCAAAGUAACGUGGACGAGAACCCUAUACCCCUGCCCCCCAGGGACAGGUCGAAAACGUUGCAGCCUAAGUCCAGUUUGCCCAGACAUCAGAGGAAGCAUCCGUUGAUCAUACCUGGUGGUGGGGUCACAAGGACCCUGGCUAAGAUGGCGGUGACUACACCGCCUAUAGAGGAUCAGGUCGAUGGUAGUCUGCAGAGUGCCAGCUCAUCGGUGGCCAGUAGCUCACUGCAGGAGGACUAUUCGUCGGAGACCUCGGUCAACAGUCCAGAGGAGUUUGAACAGCGCAUAGACUCCGAGUUGGCAGCACUGGACACUCUUCCGGCCGAUGAGAACAAGCUGCACCGUUUCAGUGUCAUCUCUGAAGACCUGCUCGAGUUCUCGGAUAACCUGAUCGACUGCGACACCUCGGAUAACCUUGUCGACUGCGACACCUCGGAGUACCGACAGAAUAGCCAGGAGAGCAGGAGCGACGCACAGUCAACAGACUCGGAUCGCCAACAGAGGAAGAUCAGCGUCGAGUCCAAGUGUUCCUUCAGGAGUUCAGCCUCCAAAUGUAUCCAAGAGGGCGAGACAGGUGAGGCGAGCAGGAACUCUACCCCCACAGGUUCAAGCAGAUCAGAGGAUUCUGUCGUGUCCGGCAAAGCGGAGCCCAAGCUUCAAACGUCCAACGCAAGGACACCAUCGGUUCAGAGGCCUUCGAAUUACACUAUGCAGUACGACUAUGGGGAGUAUCCGGAGGGUGGCUCGCAGAGCAGAACGAGCAAACAGCCAGCAGAAGUCGCAGAGUCGAAAGAGUCUUCCACCGUUGAUUCCAACGAUAGCUUCCAUUCUUCGGGUUUGACCAGCACCUACGACAGGUUGUCGAACGAGAAACUGUCGGCCCACACGAGCGAUUUGUCGCGUCAGUCGGAUCACGUGUCCUGCGAGGAUCUUCUGGAGUUCGCCUGCGACGGGCCAAACGCGAGGAGGACCCGUGGCCCUCGCAAUGGCAAGCAGUCCGACGAGGUUAGGAUCAUGAUGAAGGUACUGCACGAACAUUCCACCCCCGAGUCGUGCAUAGCCGCGUUGAAUGUCACCGAUUGGGACGUACUGGCGGCGAUCAAGCUGGAACGUCUUCAGGGAUUGCUGAAGAAAGAGAACAAUUUCGUUGGCCUACAGGACUGCAAGGUUAUGUUGAACCAAUGUGGAGGUGAUGUGGUAAAAGCGGCCGCGUUGUUGAGAAGCACCGAUGACACGGCUGCUGUUUAAUCGCUUUGGUUAACUGGCUUACUCCAGCCAGACGAUCAUACCAAGCGUUGGAGGUUAGGAUGCGGAAGCCAUUUUGAGCGGGGUACGCUUCUUGUUCUUGGGACGAAGAAGAGUGGUUAAGUAGUAUUUUCAAAAACAAGAUGCUUUUUCAUUUUUUUUUUUUUUUUUUUCUUGCUUGUGCGUUUAAGUAGAUCAAUUGAUGCAACGUUUAUUUAUUAUUUUAGGAUAAAACGAGGAUAGUAUUCUUUGUUUGUUGCCUAAGGACAGAUAGGCGCACAGGUUUAGCGUUUCUCCUGCAGACAAAUGGUAUAUGACGACCCACUGGAAAUGAAAUACUUAAUCAAAAUACUCUUAUUAUUGGUAAUGAUGUAUGAAUUUAUACUUGGGACGAAACUUGUGUCCUUUUGUGUAUAUUAGAUUUAAGAACGCUCGGACGAGAUAACCCUUAUUGGUUAUUUAGGGAAGCAUUUUAAUUCCUCUGAAGAUCUUCCAGUGGCACUUUCAUGACAUAGAUGUUACAUUAAAUAUUCCCUUUCUGGUGGAUCGGAUUCUAUAGAGUAAUAGCUUUUUUUUAAAUUUAAUUUAAAUUUUAGCAAGAAAUUCUGUUUCUGCCUUGUUUAAUGCAAACGUAAUGUGAUAAUUUGCACAAUAAACGUAUCGGGUUUUGUGAUCUAAUAACCGUGUGGAAUAGAAACGUAGCCGAAUGUGUACGUACAGGGUGUUUCAAAAAAAAAAAGAAUUGCAAAGUCCUUUACCAUUUUGCAGUUUUCGGAUUGUAAUCUUUGAGACACUCUGUACAUAUUUUACAGUAAAUGUACACGCUUACUAAUUUCAUGAGUAAAUGAAAUUGAAUCAUCUACGCGUAAAUGUGUACGCGUACUGUAACGACACUUCGAUCAUGACAUGUUUGCAAUUUUUAGUUAAGCGAGCGUGUCGAGAGAAAGUAUUACGAAAGCUAUUGAUUAAGCAGCGAAUCAAUCCUUGUGUCGCGUGAUACAGUGAUCAAAGCCAUUGUAGACGAUCUUGGGUUUCUUCGUACACAAAAAUCUGAUUCUCUCUGUUUAAAAGUACCUUCGAAAGUACAGGAAAUCAUGCGUUUUGUAAAAGACAAUCAUUGCGUAGUACUCAACGCUGUUCCGCGAACAUGAGAUUAACGUUCGAAGCGAUUCAGAACCGUUUAUACCUGAAUACUUCUCUGUUUUCAAACAAUAUCAUCGGCGGAGAGAGAAAUUUCGAUUCCAAAGAUAAUAUUCAGACGGUAUUAUUGUUUGGUAUCAUACGCGCACCGUAGUUUAGCGUUUUCACUGUAAUUCAUCACACCAUGUUUCAAUAAUGAGAGACAACGCUCCUCUUGUAACGGUGGAUCGGUGGAUUCUCAAGACUUUUCCUGUAUUAAGUGCGAAUUUAAUCUCAUAAGUAAUAGUAUUUAGAUGUGUAUGAAAUAGUGAUGUGCGGCCCGACUAGUCGGGUCGGUCCGGAAGACAUCGGGCGGGCUCGGGCGGGUGUCCGAUACAUGCGUGCAGUCGGGUCAGCUCGGAUGAAGUCGGGCAGAUUCGGACGAGCUCCCGCGGCCUAAUUCUUAUGUACUUGUUAAUACUUGCAAUAAGCAUGCGCAAAAUCUGUUUUAUGUGGAAUUUUGGAAUAAGAUAAUUUUUAUGUGGAAAAAUAAUACUUGUAACGUAUUUAUUUGAAAUGAAUUUUAUUCCAUGUCACCUGUAUAUUCAUUUUAUACAAAAUAGAUUUUGAACAUGCUUAUUGCAAGCAUUAAGUUCGCGGGAGCUCGUCCGAAUCUGCCCGACUUUAUCCGACCUGACCCGAAAGAGUCGGGCUACCCGACUGCACGCGUGUAUCGGACACCCGCCCGACCCUGCCCGAGCCCGUAAUACCGGGUACCCGCACAUCCCUAGUAUGAAAUAAUCAUGGUUAAUGGUUAGCACAAACAAGAGAGAGAGAGUGAGAGUGAGAAAAUGAUGCUUGUUAUAAUAAUUGUAUUACGGUCCAAGAUCAAACAAGGAUGAUCCUGGAUAAGUAUUGGAAGUGCAGAACAUUUUGUAGAACGUAGCCAACGUUGCAAGUAAACGUCCUUUGUAUUUGACCCGGUAGUAGGGUACGAUAAAACCACCAAAUAUUAUGUAUGAAAUCUCUGUGUUCAGUAAGAUUGAUUUUUAUAUUUUGUUAGAGAGCUUUCGCGUUAAUCUUGUUAAGUUGUAAGAAAUCUGGGUGAUCAUGGGGGGGGGGGGAUAAUUAUUGUUAGGGAGCGUGAAUUGAAUUCAAUUUGAUUUAUAACCUCUGUAAAAAUAUCAAAUGAACAGGCACUGUUCAUUUGAUGUUUCAGGUAGAAGAAAUUUCACUUUUUUCCUCGUGUGUAGUUUCUUGGACAUCAUGCAUAUUUUUUAAAAAAUAUUUUACAUAUUUUUCUUUUCUUUUUCACACAGUGUGCGCUGUAUUACUAUAAUGGAUUGCAUGACUUCUGAGACACUUGGCACAUUGAAAAUGUUCAGCAGCCAUAAGAGUCGAAGAACAUAUCCAGAAUCAGAUUCCCUUGGACUCGAGGCAAGUGUCCAGUACUGUACCACUUGAUUAAUAUUUUUCCAUGUAUAUCUUUUGUACCAGAGUCUUUUCUACGAGAUACUUCCUUUUGGCUGAUGUUGUUCGAGUCCAGGCGAAUUGGAGAAUGAAAAUUGCUCACCGUACUUUCGUAUAGCGCGUUUGUAAACGUUUUAUUAAGGAAAACGUGAGGGGAAGAAAAAGGGAUAAUGUUAAUUGGAUAUCCUUGCCGACCGUACUUUUGUAUCCUUCAACGAAGCCAAAUAGGAGCUUACGAAAAUCGCCUAAGUAAUGUUACUUAGUAUCAUUUUGUAAUAACGUUGAACAAUAAGGUUUUCGGUUCCUGAAUAAAAAUACGCGUAUCGUGUAUUUUUCUUUUUUAUGCUGAAUAGACUCUCUUUUCUCUGUCACGUAUUGGCUCUAACAAAUACCAGGGCAUUAGAGCAACAAUAUCCUAAUGGAAUCAUGAAAGCUGAAACUAGUUUUUAAGUAUUGGGAUACGUACAAGUACAGUUGAGUAAGCAAUUCUCUAGUUAUUACGUAACAUAUUGAAGUUUCUAAAAGGCUACUUUCUUACGGUAUAACUCUUCAGUUUUCUGAUACUUCAUUGAAUAUAGUUAUUCGCAUUACAAACUGUGAAAGAAUAAUUGACAAGAUACUUUAGGCUGAUACGUGAAUGGAAAGAGGGCUUAGAGAUACAGGUAGAGCGUUCAGUAUAAAGAGAUCAAUUAUUUUUGCGCAGGAACCACUAAUGAACUAAUUAGAUUCAGCUCGUUCGAAGAGCAAUCCACCUCGAUCAGUUUUCCUGAGCCAAUGUACUUAGUCGAUUCUCGAGGAGAGAGGAGUAGAUGAAGAAAUUUUUGAUAAUCCCCGACAUCGGAGAUACUGUAGGAAUCUUAACACGUUUGUAAGGUUCGUUUCACGCAAGAUCGUUGCGCCCGAUAAAAUCUGUACGCAUCGAGGAACACGGUUGCGUCUUGCGAACGGAUCCAACGACCUCGGGGAUAAUAAUCGAAAUUAAGCUCGCCAAGUCUCCUGAAGGAAGAACCGAUGCCUAUCUUACGCAGUAGGAGUAUGUUCAUCCUAUAAUCCGUUUUUUUAUACGCGAUUCUUAAUACGAUAAGGCAAUACGUUUGUACGUCUCUACAAUUAUUAACGCGCGGAAACACGAGGAUGUUUUAUAUCGACUGUAUUUACGAUAAUAUAUACACAUUCAUAAUUGAAAA